GGUUUGAAUCAGGGCCCGGUCCAUUAUUUUUAAAACUAUCGCGCAUCGAAAAAAACAACAACAACAACAAAUUAAAUAAGAAACAAAGAUACGUGACAAGAUUUAUAAGAUAUAGCCACUUCUACAUCCAAACCGAGCCAGAUCCAAUGGCAGCCGCCUUGUGUACGAGUGGAAUCGGCGGCGUCGUGUUUCGGCCACACUUUCGUCGUUUUUCUGUGUCCAGCGUACGGUUCAAGGUGCAGCCAAAGAAUGUGAAGGGCAAGAGCAAGUGCGCCCAAGACUGGUUGACGCGGCAGCUGAACGACCCGUACGUGAAGCAGUCCCGCUACGACCACUACCGCGCCCGCAGCGCUUACAAGUUGCUCGAGAUCGACGAGCGCUACGGGAUACUGAAGCCCGGCUACACAGUGGUCGAGUGCGGCGCAGCGCCGGGCUCUUGGACGCAGGUCGUCGUAAGGAAGACCAACUCGGACGGCAAAGACUACAACCAGCCCAAGGGAGCCGUGGUUGCGGUGGACCUGAUUCCGCUCGACCCCAUCCCCGGAGCGACCCUCCUCCCCGAGGCGGACAUACAACGCCCCGAAACUCUCGCCAGGAUAUUGGAGUGCCUCCAUGGCCGGCACGCCGACAGCGUGCUCAGCGACAUGGCACCCAGCGCCAGCGGGGUCAAGCAUCUUGAUCACGACAACAUCGUUGCGCUUGCCUACGCGUCACUGAUAGUGGCAUUGCAGACGCUGUCCGUCGGCGGGAGCUUCCUGUGCAAGAUCUGGGACGGCAGCCGAGGCCCCCAGCUCGCGCGAGACAUUGAGAAGUUCUUCCACUACGUCCACUACGUGAAGCCCAAGGCCAGCCGCGGCGAUUCGGCCGAGAUGUACCUGCUCGGGCGACAGUUUAAGGGCGCUGAGAAAGACCAGUGACUUGGCCUUGACACUCAAUCGUCGGUGGAAAAAAAACAGUCUCGGCAGUGUGGACUAGAAUAGUGCCUUGUGGAAGCUACCCACUUGUCGGCGGGCAACCAUGGAAAAUCCGGAGAGCAGACAGUGCAAGUUCUGCGAGUUGCCGUCUGCUAAGUACACGUGUCCGCGCUGCGGCUUCGCGUACUGCAGCAGCGCUUGCUACAAGGAUGCGCGCCACCACAAUUGCAGUGAAGACUUCUACAAGGACUGGGUGCACACGUACCUGAGGACGGAGCAGGCGGAUCCCGAGGCUCGCCGCAAUAUGAUGGACGUCCUCGCGUCUGCACACCGGGAGGAAGAGGGCGAGCAAGGCGAGCAGGAAGAGCUCGUCGAGCGACUGGCGGAAGUCGACCUCGACGAUGCUGAGUCCGCUUGGAGCUGUCUCACCGAGGAAGAGAAGGCAGAGUUUGAAGAGCUCGUCGCGUCUGGUUCGGCGGGCAAGCUCGUGCCUGUCUGGCAACCCUGGUGGGAGCGAGCGCCCCUCAUCGCGGAGGUCGCCCCUACGGAUGCAAUCUCCGACGUCCCGCCGCUGAGUCGCCUGACAUCGCAACCGCCGGCGCCUUGCGUCGUCAACAGCGCGCUCAACGUCUUGUGCGGUUAUGUUUACGUGGCCAGGCUCUACAACGGGGACCUGCUCCCCGAGAGUGCCCUGGAGCUGCUGUCCGUCAGUGCGAUCUUAUCCGAGGACGCGGUGUUUGCGAGCGCGUCCGAAGCCGUACAGAGUUCGCUGCAGAGGACGCUGACGCUCCGAGAGCAGACGACGGCCCAAGAGUUCCCGGCUGUGCUCGCGAGCUUCCGGAAGCUCCUGGAAGGUGCCGGGCUCGGCGACAACGUCAUGAGAGCACUAGAAGAGGUCAGGGCCUUGCUCCAGGGGGCGGCAGAGAGCGGCCAUUUGGAGAGAGAGGUCAGACGCAAACUCAGGCACGCUGUCAAGAAGGCCGAGUAUCUCGUGGCAUGGGCCCGCGAGCACGGUCGCGAGCUACUCUCCUGCCUCCCGGACGUGGAUGCGGAAGCGCUGGCCGUGGCCGAAAACGUGGCCUUAUUUAAACGGGCCGCGGAGACCGUGGUGCGUAAGGCUCCGGCCAGUGACGUAGGGUCGAGACCUCUCAUUGAAGAACUGAACUAGAUAGCAGCGCAGGCCCACUUGGCAUUCAAUAAAGAACAAACGACCCGA